AAAGCAAUCGCGGUUACCACGACCGGGAAAUAGUAUCAUGUCCCCUCAAUCGUCUUUGACUUUUUCCCACGAUACAAAGCUGCUUAUUUUGGCCACAUCUCAAAAAUAGGUAAAAUGAUACAUCUGGUCAAUGUCACCAGGUUCAUAUCAGACUAUGUAAUCACGGUUUUGUAUUUGGGAGGUCUUCCCUCUGUUGUGGGUCAAGUAGUCUUCUAGAGGUUCACAUAGAAACAAUUCAGCGUCCACCAUCGAAAAGCAUUGAUUGACUGAACGUUUCCAACAGCAUAACCCUUUUGCCAUUUUACCAUCUUUAAAGUAACAUUCACAAAGUAAAUGUCAUGUGGGUCGGAAACCAAAUCGUUACAAAACUCAACGCUCUACAUGGUGUAAAGAUAGUCAUCAGCGACUCACACGGGUGUUGUGAAUUGAAAUUCUGUUUUAUAUUUCCGAUUAUGAAGGCUUGGAAACUUCUAAUACGGAAUGAAAUCUAUUCUAACUGGACAAACCAGAGAACUAAUAUACAACACUUCAAUGAUAAUCCUUGCUCAAUGGAUGGGAGAAGUUUCCUAAAAAAGGUGUAUUGGUGACGAUCCUGGGGAACUUAUUAUUUACACUCAAGCGCUAUCCACUCUUUGAUUCCUAUUUUCAUCUUGAUAAAUGCUCUUGAUUCGUUUCAAGUUGUCGAGAUAUGACGACCGUUGUGGAUAUUUAUGGGUCUUCAAAUAAUAGUUCCACUGUUUCAACAAAUGAGGUUUGCCAGUUUUCACUUAUUUCGUGCUCACCUAAUUGUGACGAAGAUCAUUUAUGCAAUAAAAAUGGUUUAUUUAUCUCUGAAUCCGUUCACGAUGAAUCAUUUCAAAGAUCACCAUCGUCUUUCAAGACACCAAGUAAAGAAGUUUCUUCUCCUGGAUCAUUUGAACUUCCAUCAAUGCCGAGUGAUAAAAGUAGCUCUCGUGAUUGUUCAGAUGGACAUUGUUCAGUAAACUUUUUAAUCUCUUCAGAUUUAACUGAUACUGAUCAUUCAAACAGUGCAUGCUCUCUCUCUCCAUGUCCUCAAUCUGUUGGACAUUGUUCAAAUGCUAAUGAUGAAUGUUCUAUCUUGUAUUCAGAUCGAACGCUAGAAAGUGCCUUCUACAGGUCUGUACGUACAGACAUCAGUCUUGAUAACCGCGCCAAUUCACAUACAUUUCACCCGGGUUUCACAGAUACUCAAGUGUCACAAGAUACAUCAUUUAAAACUUCAUAUUCAUGUAACAAAACUUCUGCAUUUACGUCUUUUGGUUGCAACAAUUUGGAUAAUGCUCAUUCUUCUCAGUACAAAAACCACAAUAAGUCUCGUGGAUCUGAUUUUCAGCACUUGUGUGAAACUUGUAUUUCCUCCGACAAAAUAACUACGUCAAACAGCUCACCUUUAAAAGUUUGUUUUUCUGAAGCUGGCCAUUGUUUUACUGAAGUCAUUGGCUGCUCUGCUAUCCUUGGUCACUCAAAUACUUAUCCAACAAGCUCUACAAAUUGCAUAAGAACAUCUAACUCUAUAGUAUGCUUUGAAUCUCAGGAUUUAAACAGUGCUUACCAAAGUUCGCAAAAUAUGUAUAAUCAUCUUCAACGUCGAAAAACUGCAUGUGUCUCUGACGCUUCUGUGCCUUCCAGUGAUGGAUGUGAAUUCGUAUAUGACAGAACCGAAGUCCAAUCCUCAAAGGUAAAAAAUAUCACUGUACCAUCAGUUUAUCUACUAAAAGAAGUCGAUUCAUCCAUGUUUGGAAUUAAACACAAUAUUGUAAGAGACAAGUUUUUAAAUGAUGAUUAUACGUGUGACCCAGAUCCAAUAAUCAUGGGGUCAGGAAAAAUAUCAACCACUUCCUCCUUGGGAAAAAGAUCUUUGAGUGUUUACUCCGGUCCUACUGAUUUGGAGAAUUCUAUUCAUUCUAUUGAACCAAAACAGUUAUCACCUAACUAUAACUAUUAUUUACACAAAACUCCAGUAAUUUCUAUAGCUUAUUCUACAAAUGACCGUAAUAAGAAUGCAGUGUUACUUCAAGAAUCAAUGAAAAAUACCGAUAGGAAAAUCUCAUCACAAAAUUUGAACCCGAGGCAUCACUGGAAAAGUAAUGCAACAAAUUCAACGACUAAAACUAAUUGUUUUCCAGUGGUUGAAUGUCAAGAUUCUUUUGGGUCGAAAUGUAAGCGGAAGGGUUCAAAAGUUCUUGAGCGUGGUGGUAAGCGCCACAGAUCAUUAAAUGAUAAAAUCCGUGAAAAUAUUUCAAAUCACUCUCCUGCAGAUGCAUUAAUGGGUCCUGUUUUUUUACAAAAUGUCAAUCGUUUUCUGCAAGAUCCUCCACUCCAUCAUUCAUUCGACUUAUAUCCACCGAUUCCUUCACCAAGGUUUCCUCAAAAUCGUUUUUCGGGGAACUACACUAAUGAUGUAAAUAUACGAGGCCGGAAGUACUUUCGUUUUCCUUUGUCUUUAUGUAAACCUGAAUGUAGACCUAUUCCGGAUGACAUUAUUUUGCGAUUCUUAGCUCAACGUCCUGAUACCGAAGAAAAAAUGAAUAGUUUAAAUCAUGAAAAUUUUUUAUCAGAUGCAUAUAAACGCACUUUUAGUCGAAACUCCUAUUCUAAUUAUAUUUCUCCUUCUCCUGUAAACCAAGUAUCUCCCCUCGACCUGUUAACAUCAAACCAGCCCUGUGACAUGUAUACUAAUGGUUGCAUAACACCUCCUCUUUAUCACAAAGUCAGCGACAAACAUUCUCUUAAAUCCGGGUUCAUAACCGGUCACAACUCUAAUCAAAAGUAUUGUGAGGAAGUUAUUUUAUGUAAUCGACUUAAUGGCGAAGCACAUGAAACCUGCUCGUAUUGUAAAAUGCAAAUAAUGUUACCUCAGAAGACAUUCAAAUGGAAGUCUCACGAUAAGGAAAGUUACUUACCAUUUUGCAGUUCUAGUUGUUUAGCAAGGUUGAAACGACAGGGACCUAACUGUAUGACGUCAUUUGUUCCUGAUGCCAGCAAUUUUGAUAUUCCCUUUACAGUUACUUCAACAAUCGAAUCUCAGCCGCUUAUCAUCUUAUUAGUUAAAAGUAAUCAUCCUAAACGUAUGAAGCAAUCUUUUAAACGUCUUUCUUCUCAAGAUUUACAAGUUAAUUUCAAAAGAAGUCCCAACGAAACAUCUAAUCGUAUGUUAUUUGGGGUUAGCUCUACUGUGAAACGAUGGCGUAAUAUUCGCUGGCGAAGACUUAUUGGUAGCCCACCAGUAUGCUCAUUCAAUGUUUUGCGAAGCUCUUCUGAUUUGCCCAUGUCCCAGAAAAGUUUUCUAUCUAAAAAAUUUUCAUGUAUCGACACUCGCGUAUGCCAGUUAUGCCAUCAAAUAGGUGAUGGAUCAAAUGAUGUAACCAGUAGAUUGCUUAACUACAAUACCGAUAAAUGGUUACAUCUAAACUGUAUACUUUGGUGUUACGAAACCUAUGAAACAGUUAGUGGCUCGUUAAUGGAUGUACCUUGUUCUUCGGAAAAGGCCUCGAAAACUCCUUGCACCUAUUGUAAAAAUCUGGGAGCUGGCUUACCUUGUUUUGAUUCGGAUUGCCAAGCCGUAUAUCACCUACCAUGUGCCUAUCAAAUCAAUUGUUCUUUUCACCCUGAUCGAGGAAUGUAUUGUCCGUUACAUCUUAAAAGUGCAAGUAAUAUACCCCACCUUGAUAGCUUAGCUGUUGAAAGAAAGGUUUACAUUUCCAGAGAUGAACAUUCACAGGUUGAAAAAAUCAUAUCAGAUGAAGAUCAUUUCACUUCAAUGCAAAAUGUUAAGGAACCAAAACUUAAAUUACGUAUAGGAACAUUAAUAUUGCAUCGAAUAGGCCAGUUGCUACCUGAACAAUUAGCUAGUGGAGUUUUCCAUACAUCGAAUUUCAUAUAUCCUGUCGGUUACUGGACCUCUCGAAUUUAUUGGUCUUUUCGUCACGUGGGUCAGCGUUGCCGUUAUGAUUGCCGAAUAGAAGAUUCAGUACGGCCAGAUGAUGUAAAUCACUCCCUCGUUGAUCCUAUUUUAGUCAAGUUUACUGUAGAAGUAAUAGAACCAAAUGAAGAAAAAAUCUUCUUUGAAGAUACGACCUGCGAUGGUGUUUGGCGGAAAAUAAUAAAUCGUAUAAAUUCGUCACGCAAAUGUUCGUCGCUUUUCCGAAUUUUGCAGGAUAACAUACAAGGUGAGGUGUUAUAUGGUCUUACAGAGCCUCAUAUUAUUCGAGCGAUCGAAUCUUUACCUGGUGUAGAUCGUCUGAGCAAUUACCUUUUCAAAUUUGGUAAACUGCAGUUGAUUCAGGAAAUGCCUUUAGCAAUAAAUCCUACAGGCUCUGCUCGAUCUGAACCAAAGCUUCGGACUUAUAUCCGGCGCAAGUCUACUGGAGAUGUUAACACUUGUACGUAUAUUGCCCACAACCACGUUUUUCUUGAAACUCCUGGUCAUCCUUACAGUUCAGAUAUCGGAAGUCCCACUUACCUAAAUUCUCUGUCUCCGAGCAUGACCAGCAAAUCUCAACAGUAUCGUCGACUACGUUGGGAUUGGAAAACAAAUGUCGUCUUAGCGCGAUCUCGAAUACAAGGCCUGGGAUUGUAUGCUGCUCGUGAUAUAAGUAAAAGUACCUUCAUUAUUGAGUAUCUGGGAGAGGUCAUUCGUAACGAAGUAGCUAAUCGAAGAGAACGUUUAUAUGAGUCGCAAAAUCGAGGAAUAUACAUGUUUCGGGUCGAUGACGAUUGGAUUGUGGAUGCAACUAUGUCUGGUGGUUUAGCUCGUUAUAUUAAUCAUUCUUGUGACCCUAACUGUACUGCAGAAAUACUCCACUGUGAUAAUUCUAACCACAUAGUGAUAAUUGCUAGUAAAAACAUCGAAAAAGGUGAUGAAUUGACAUAUGACUACAAAUUUGACCUAGAAGAAGAUCGUUGGGAUCGGAUUCCAUGUCUUUGUGGUUCAAUUAAUUGUCGAAAAUGGAUGAACUGAUAGUUAUUUGCUUUAAUUUCAAAUAUUUCGUACAUAUGUUCUGAGGUUGUGUUGUUGAUGAUGCCGUUUUCACAUUUCUGUAAAUUAUCGAACUGCGCCUAUAUAUAUUCUCUUACCUGAAAUACUUCCUGUACUUUUCAAACGUUUAUUUACUAUACUUUCAAAAUCAAACUUUCAGAUAUUUUUGAGUUAAUUUUGUUUUUCUUCAACGUAGUUCUCGUUCUCUAUAAGUAUGGUCGCAUUUUCUUUUUAACCUAUGUGAUAUUAUUUCCGUCAUAUAAUCGCCAAAUUCAUUUAGUUUAAUCAAAUUUCAGAUUUUCUUUAUGUACAUAUUGAUCCUUUGAGUUUAUGUAUAAAACAUCUUAUUGGCUGUGGGUUUUGUUUAUUUAAACUUAUGUUAUUAAUUUCUGUAUUAUAAUUUCGAAAGUUAUAAUAAAAUUGUCUAUUAAUCCUAA